ACGGUUGAAAAUGGCGGUUGGGGCGGAAAGCGGGGGCGGGGCGCAGUACGGAGGAGCCCGCGCGAGGUCACGAGUCCUCCUCCUCCCGCGGGCCUGGCCCGCUGGGCUGGAGAGCUCCUAACGGGAAGGGAGGACCUGCCCCACCGAACAAAAGAGGCCGCGGCCGCGCCCGCCCGCGCGCGGAGGAGAGCCGGAGACCGACCCUAAGAUGGCGCCGGCGCGCGGGCGGGCGGGGCGCAGGGGGCGGGGCGGGGCCACCGGGCGCGCCGUGCGGCGUGGAGGCGCCGACUCGCGCCCAUGGCUGGCGCACCGGAGCCGGGCGAGCCCGCGGAAGGGAAGCCCUUUAAACUCCUAGGAAUUUUAGAUGUCGAAAACAUUCCCUGUGCACGGGAUUCAAUACUAUAUGGUUCAUUAGGAUCUGUUGUGGCUGGCCUUGGACAUUUUUUGUUAACUAGUAGAAUUAGAAAAUCAUGUGAUGUUGGAGUAGGAGGAUUUAUCUUGGUGACUUUAGGAUGCUGGUUUCAUUGUAGGUAUAAUCAUGCAAAGCUGAGAAUCCAGGAAAGAAUUGCCAGAGAAGGAAUUAAAAAUAAGAUUUUAUAUGAAAGUACCCACCUUGAUCCUGAAAGAAAACAAACCAAUGGCAACAACAGCAACUGAGCAGAGUCUUGAGAACAAAGCUGAGGCCAACUAUAUAUAUAAACAUUGUAUGUACCAUAAAGCUUUCAAUGAAGUAAAUAAAGUUAUGUGUAAAUGGUA